CACCAGUAAUCAAAUACGCUUCCGCUGUGGCACUAUAGUCCGAAUUUCUCUUAAUUCGCCCAAAUUCAUUUAAGUGUUUACACAUAUUUCGUAAAAAGACUUUUAUUAAGCAAGUUAUGAAAUGAUAUAUAAUAUGCUGUAGGAAAAGAUUAUAAAUAUUGGAUAAAGUGACAUCGGCGGAGAGAUACCGAUGUUUAAUUGAGCGUACUCAGUCCAGAGUAGUCCGCCAUUUCUCCUGAUCGAGGAAGAAUUUGUUGGAUUUUGGUUCCAACGGUUUUCGACCUUUUUGGGCCCAAUUUUCUCCGUCAAAUUCUCUCCUCCACUUAUAAAAUAUCCACCUAGCAGACCAUGGCGGAUAAGGACGAACUGGUGCAGCGGGCCAAGCUGGCAGAGCAGGCCGAACGGUACGAUGACAUGGCCCAGGCGAUGAAGCUGGUGACCGAAUGUACGGAAGCAGGACUGAGCAACGAGGAGAGGAACCUGCUGUCAGUGGCCUACAAGAACGUCGUGGGCGCCCGCCGGUCUUCAUGGAGGGUCAUCAGUUCCAUCGAGGGGAAGACCGAAGGAGGCUCCGAAAACAAACUCAAGAUGGCCAAGGAGUACCGUGCAAAGGUGGAGAAAGAGCUUGAGGAGAUCUGUCAGGAUGUGCUGAACCUGCUUGAUAAACACCUGAUCCCGAGGGCUGAUUCUGCAGAGAGCAAAGUUUUCUAUCUGAAGAUGAAGGGAGACUACUACCGGUAUUUGGCAGAAGUCGCCUCCGGAACGAAAAGAGAUGAAGUAGUUCGCGAGUCACAAACUGCUUACCAGUCAGCGUUUGAUAUCAGUAAGACUGACUUGCAGCCUACCCACCCCAUCCGCCUUGGUUUGGCCCUCAACUUCUCGGUGUUUUACUAUGAAAUUCUAAAUGCUCCCGACAAGGCCUGCCAUCUCGCCAAACAGGCAUUCGAUGAUGCAAUUGCAGAGCUGGACACGUUGAAUGAAGAUUCGUACAAAGACAGCACUCUUAUCAUGCAGCUGCUCAGAGACAACCUCACGCUGUGGACGUCCGACACCUCAGGUGACGACGACCGUGGGGAGGAACAGCAGGAGCAGCAGUAGAGGUCCCCUCCGAGAAACGUCAGCACCUACCACUAGUAUAUUAUCUUGAGAAUUCCACCCUAGCUAAAAUUGAACAAUAAAAACAUUAAGAACGUCAUUUUUUUCAUGAAAAAAACACCAUCCCCAUUGUGUGAGUAGUAGCAGUAGUAGCAUUGACUCUAGUCGUGGCUUGGCCAAGUGAAGAAGAAUAAAUAGUAGUCGUUCAUGGUUACCAUAUUCCGGUGUAAGGGGGGUGAAAGGGGUAUAAACUAAUUGUCAUUGUGCCGAGUAUUUGCGAAACUAUUUGAUUAGGUUGCUCUAUGUUUGUUGGUUACUUAACCGAUUGUGAGUCCGUUGUCUAUGGGGGAAUUACAAAGGUAUCAGUUGUGCUUUGCAAGGGAAUGUAGACGUAGAUUUGCAACAGGAAGAAAAAUGUUAAAUGAAACUGUCGUAGCCAAAAAAAAAAUGUCUUGAAAAAAAAAAGAGAAGUUAGUAAGUAAGUACUUGGAUGUAUGUAUUUCCUUUGCCGGAAUGGAAGGAUACGUCGUUUUUCUUUUUUCAUUCUCGGUAUUUGGGCGGGGGUGCGGUGCGUAAUGUAAGCCGCUCACCUAAGCAAGGUGGUAGAGUCGAGUCACUUUAAUUUGUUGGUUUUGAUUGUUGUAGUAGACUUGUUGCGCAAUGGAUCCGCAUUUCCCGAUGGAACCUCUCUCCUCGCUUCUGCACUCAGCCAACACCGCCACUAUUCGCUGUGUUGUGAGGUUGCUGUGACAAUUAGAUUAUCAAAUAAAAAUAAAAUCCAACCAAAAAAAAGAGUAUACAUUACAUGAAAUGCAAAAGUACCAAGGACCAUUGCAGAACGGUUGAUCUUUGUUUUCACUACUUUCCUGCUUGCAUGCCUUCCCAUUUUAUAACUGGCCUUGUACUGUGAAGUAGAAGUAAAGAGAUAUCACUGAAUGUAUCCCUCAGCCUGGCUUCGUGUGAUUCCAUCUAAUGUAUAAUGUGUGUAUACGUUUCCUCUCAGGUGUUAGGAGACAAGUCUUAACCACAGACAAUAGCUACGCAAAUAUGUAUUUUAACCGUAAACUGCUUCCCUUUGGCAUUUGUUAUUUUAGAAUAAAACACUGAACAAUUUACAUAGCUUCUUUAUCUGGUUCUUCCAGACUACAGAGCUACAGAAUUGGGCAAACAUGUCAGAAUUUGUCCGCAAAAUUUAAGAUAAGGCCAGUAACUGGGAGACAAGCCUGGAAAAUUUAAGACACUUCUACGCUUAUCGCUUGGUAACAAAAACCAAAGGAAUUGUAACAAAGAAAUUGGUUGCUCACUUGGGAUGAUUUUAAAUAAUUUGCCUUCUAGUGUAUGGGAUAAAUGGAUAUUAGUGAUUGCAGGUGAUUUCUGUACACGAUGAACUUAAUCGUACACCCAUGCACCUGAGGGAAAUGUGUACACACUGGUUAGAAUGGAUAUGCUUCUCAUAAAAGUGAUCUCUGCAAAGAAA